GGGCCGGGUCGUGAUCCUACACACCCGGUCCCGUAUUAGGCUAAUCAAGCCUCCGUGACGUGAGGGAUAAAGGUCGACUGCAGAUGAUUGUUCGGGAGAAAGAGAUCGUUAACGGACAUGUCCGUCAUAUUGGAAUGAAGACAGGAAUAAACGCAAUCAUAGGUGCAACCAGAACCAGCAAAACAUCGUUGUUAGACGUGAUUGCUGGUAGGAAGGAUCCUUGUGGUUUGCAUUCAGCCAGGUCAAGUUUAGUUGACAACAAGGUUGUGACCUCUGAGCUACGGCUCAUGUCUGCCUAUGUUGUACAGGUGAGACUUGCUUCUCUGUCUGUCUGUCUGUCUGUCUGUCUGCGAGAGAAUCUCUUAUUCUUUGGAAAUCUGCGGUUGCCAAGGAAACUGUGUUCCACAGCUGAUAAGAAAAAAUUGGAGAGCAUCAUCCAAGAGCUUGGAUUGGAGGACUGUGCAUAUACUAAGACUGGUACCAAGUUUAUAAGAGGUGUAUCAGGAGAAGAAAGGAAGCGUUGUAGCAUUGGUAUCGAACUCAUUACAUCUCCUACUCUCCUGUUCCUGGAUGAGCCAACAGCAAACAGCAUCAUUGCUCUCUUGCACAAGUUAUCACAGGGUGGUAGAACUAUCAUUUUUUCUCUUUAUAAGCCACGUUAUUCAAUCUUCAAGCUGUUUGAUCACCUGAAACUACUCCAUAAAGGAGAGAUGGUUUACACUGGCCCUGCAGGCAAAGCCAUGACCUACUUCCAGAGUCUGGAGCUCUUCAGGGAAUCUCAGUACAGUGAUGCUGUCACAGUAGAUCUGAAAUGUAUCACAGGCUCAUCAGAUUCCUCAUUUGGAACCAAGAGCAAGACAUCAUCCUAUACCACAUCCCUUUUCUACCAGUUAACCAUUUACUUGCUAUGGGUUUCUUUGACCUGGUGUUCAACUUUGGCUCACAGUUGUUCUCAGUUGAAGGUGGUGUGUUGGAGAACAGUGCUGAAUGUUGUCAGGAAUCCUCAGAUGUUGUAUGCACAGAUGGCUCUGAACACAAUUUGUGCUCUGCUGAGAGGCCUCGUCUAAUUUCAGAUGCCUUCAAGUCUUCCUGAAGCCUUACAGAACAGUCUUGUAGGAGUUAGCUUGGCCUUCCUGGUCAGUGCCAGCAUCAGCUAAUUUGCCAUGCCCAACGUCCUUAUCACUCUGCCGAUUGUCUUCAUGAUGGUUUCCUUGUGAAUCUGAACUCCAUGCUCAGUUGGUUGUCCUGGCUCAAGUAGGCCUGUAUCCUUAAAUAUGGACUAGAUGUAAGAAUGGAUAGAGGAUGUUAUUGGACAAAAUUAUAUUUAAAAAAAAUAAAAAAGGUGGCUGUGAAACUUGUCAGGAAGUUUUAUAAGGAGUACAUCAGCAUAGUAAGCAGGCAGAUGCUCCUGUCUCGACUGCUCAAAGGUUCCUGUAAGGCUGACCUGCAUGUUCUUAAGAUGGCUACGCAGAGGUUCUUGCUAUGGCUGCACAAGUGGUGGUGCUAUGCUAUGGAGUGGUGGUGGUGUAGUGGUCUAAACCACAUAACUGGUAAACUGGUAAUCAGAAGAUCGCUGGUUCGAUCCCAGCCACCACCAUUGUGUCCUUGAGCAAGGCACUUUACUCCAGGUUGCUCCGGGGGGAUUGUCCCUGUAAUAAAUGCACUGUAAGUCGCUUUGGAUAAAAGCGUCUGCUACAUACAUAAAUGUAUAUGUAAAUGCACAAAACUCCACGUCAUGGCUUCCCUUGAGGUUUCUUGUUGAAAACCAGUGGUUUCUGUAAAACUUUCAAAGGUCACGACUACCCCAAAGGUUCCUGUAAAGCUGACCUAUAAGUUCUUAUCAAGGCCAGCCCAGAGGUUCCUGCUAUAGCUGCACAAAGCUCCCUGUCAUGGCGGGAUUUGAAUUUCCUGCAAAUGCUGCCCAGUGGAUUCUGUAAAAACCCUUCUAUGUUUUUUAUUAUGGUCACCCCAGUGGUUACUAUUAUGGCUGCCCCAAAGCUUGAUGUCAUGGUUGCCUUAGUGCAAACUGUCAUCUCUACACUAAUGUUCCUUUCAUGGCCACUGUUUCCUCCCAUGGCUGCACCAAAGUUUCCUGUGAUGGCUGCCCAAGAGGUUACUGUUACAGCCACUCAGAGGUUCCUGUCAUUAAUUCUCUUAAGGUUCUGUUAAUGGCGGAUCCAUAGGUUCCUAUAAUGGCUGCUCCAAUAUUUUCUGCCAUGGCUGUAUUAAAGUUCCCUGUCAUGGCUGCCCCAAUUCAUACUGUUACAGCUGCCCAGAGAGUCUUGUCAAGGCGACCCCAUAUAAUCAUGCCAUAGCUGCCCCAAUGGUUCCUGUAAGGCUGACCCAUAGAUUCGUAUCAUGGCCCUCCCAGAGGUUCUUGUUAUGGCUACACAAAACUCCAUCUUCAGAUCAAAAGGUUUUUAAGAUCGUGAGAAACAUUUCAGCCAAGUGACCCUAAACGUUUGAAUGGUAGUGUACAUCUAAUUUUUAAUCAGUACUGGAUUAUAUUUCAGAAGUAAUCUAUCUUAUACUUUUUACACUUAGUUUAAGUAUUACAAAGAGAUUAUGAUGAUUCAUUUUUCUGAGGAUUAUAUAAUUCACAAAAAAUAUUCUAAUAUAAUUUUUUUGAACUGGGUGUUUGAAAAACAAAAUUACUGCUAGAAAAAAUAAGUAUUUGUGUAAUAUGACUUAUUACUCAAACCUUAUAGUUACUGAGAUGGAGCCCUUAUAAAACUUUCCCAUGUGACAACUACACCGUCUCCAUAUAUUACAUCAUGUGAAGUUGUCUUCAUGAGCAUGGAAUGCAUUAGUGCUGAAUAUUUUGAUAACAAUAAUACAAUACGAUCAUUGUUUUCCCAAAAUGUGUAGUAGUCUGUAUGUGAGAGUGCAUGUUUGUAUGUGAAUGCAUGUGAUGGUUGUUUUGUUUCUUGAGUAGGACAUUUAAGUAUGAGUGUUUAUAGCCACUAAGUGGCAGCACUGUUCUGAUAUUCCUCCAUGUCCUUCAUAUUGCUCCAAUUGUUCCAUUUUCCUGAUAUUAAUUGUACACAGUAAAGUUUUUUUUUGUUGUUGUUGCGCUAAACUGUUCAUUUUUAUGAGACAACUUUUCCGUAAAAAAAAAAAAAAAAAGUACUGUGAUGCUACUACGUAGUAACUGAGGUUUAUAAUUUUAAUUUCUA